AGUGGUAGUGGCAGUAAGUGGUAGUGGCAGUUGACGCUGUGGCCCUGCGAGUGUGACAGGCUUUGUUCUCAGUGUGUGAUCCGUGCAUGUCAAACUGCUUUCCGUCUAGUUCUAGUGUACCUGCAAUCACAGAACUCAGUUCCAUCCAGUCAGAGUGAGUUUCGCGGAGAUCUUCUCACGCUGUCCCGGUGUGUACUGCUACUGUGCUAGCCACCGACUGGCUGUACCUACACCGCCGCGGUGUUAGUGUCGGUGCCUGCUAUCGCGAUAUCCGAGUACGUGGGUGCUGCAUGCAGUGGCAAUGGGCCACGCACUCUGCGAUCCGUCCUGAUUCCGGCCUCUUGUUGACCAUGUUGACGGUGUUGGCUCGCAGUCACAGUACGGGUACGUUGCCACCACAGCCUGCACAGGUGACUGCUCUCAAAUCUAAUCCUGCACGUCGUCGGUCAGUGACUUGAUACCAUUGCCGCGGACGAGUCAGCAGUGAGUCGCCGCCGCGUACACGGAAGCCACAGGUCAGCCGAACAAGCGACAGUCCGUGAGUCGGCGCACUGUCCUAGUUUCCGGCGUCCCCGGACCCUGGCAUCGCUGUUAGCGACGCGGCUGUCCCUGUUGGUUGCCCAGAGCUUCGAGAUCAUCUGUCGGCUAGUAGUGACGGUUUGAAGUCUUGACUAGGAUUCCGUCCGUGUUGUUGUCGUGUUGUGGAGAACGGACAAGCUGAUUUGCCCCAAGGGAGUUUGUUGAACUACUAGUAGGCUGACUAUACCGCCUGACCGAGCAGCUUCCUUUCAUCUUCUUGUGCAGAUAACAUUGCUGUGUGACGGGACAGUGGACGUCUUCCGUUUGCGAGACAAUCCGAAAAGUCAUCAUAUUACAACCCAACGCCGCAACGACAAUCGGGUUCAUUCGGCGUGAUCGGUUUCUACAUGUACUUCAACGGCGAAUGCACCAGCAGAUCGACAGUCAUAAGAAUACGCGUUCUGUUGGACAAGGUCACGUGUAUUCAGCGUCCGGACAGUAGUUCCGUCGUCUCGCUCUAGCUGGCAGUCAGGCUACUAUCCGAGCUGAGACACUGACUGUAACUCCAGUGCUUGCUUGGUCGACGACGUGUGGACGGGGGAGCAAGGCGGAAAGGUUGCAAGCUGAUAGCACGGCCGGCGGUCAUGGAGAAAGUGACUGGGCCGCCAGGGGAGCCGAUCAUCAGAGCAAUGGACGUGGCCGGUGGAAGUGGUAGCACUGGUCCUGGUGCGGCUCAGGGAGAUGCUAGGCUGCUGAGAGAUGCGAUGGCGCUGAUAACAGAGAUGCUGCAGUUCAUAAGAGGCACGCCAGUCAGUAAUGGUAUUGCCCAUGGGCCCAAGGAAAACGACGACCAGCCACAGCAGCAACAGCAGCACAAGAAGAGACGACUGUUCAGAGACAGAUUAGCAGCGGAUGCGUCCAGCCUCCUGGAGACCUAUCAAGCAUUCAGGGCCAAGCAGCAGGAACAUAUCGUCGCCACAGAGCGAGACCAGGGGAUGCCGAGUGAUUCAUCCAUGGCUCAGGCGGCACGACAAAAACUCAGCGGCAUGAGUAUGAACAGCAUUAGCAGCAUCAGCGGGGGCAGCAGCAUUUCAUCCGAUGACAGCAGCUCCUCACUGGCGAACGGUGUGAAGGUGCAGCACGAUAUUCAACGUAGCAAUGGCAGUGAUCAUGCAAAUACAAGCACACGAGAGCCGGGGCUAGGUGCGUACGAGAAUGCCAUGCCGCUGAAGCCCAGACCUGCUCACUGUCCAGCCAUCACAAACAAUAACAGCAUGGGAGACGCAUUGCAAGCUGCGGACGACAUGGUUAUCUACGAAGUGUCCGAACACGACGUCCUGCCUUCCAGCAGCCGUAGCCCUGUUAGCCUACAACGCAUGGACGCGCUGUCCCGUUCCCAUGACAACAUGCCACCACCACCGGUAUUUAGUCCAGAAGAUGAUGUCAUCAGGUCAAUCAACAUUACUAGACAGCAGCAAGAGCAGCAGCAGCAGCAGCAACGGCAGAAAGAGGUCGUCGAAAGUGAGCACGGAAACGACGAACUGUAUACAGAUAUGUCUGGCGGGAGUUGCGUUACUAGCGGCAACCAUCAUGCCGACAGCGUUCAAGUGCGUUCUCCAUCCCCGUCCCCACGCUCGCCACCCGCUACCGCAUUGCAAUCUCCUUCGAAAGGCGCCUCGCAGCGGCCGCCCAAUUCCAAACGGCCACCGCGUCUUCCGAACGUCUCUGUCCGCAUGACGCCGUCCCCGGCGUACGAACUCGCCGGCCCGGCGUUCUUCGCAAAAGUGGCUCAGGCCAGCACGGCCACCAGCCCUCCGCCCGUUGGCACAGUUACUGGCAAUCCGUCCAGCAGCACUGCCCAUGCCGACCCUACCACUAGACGACCACUAUCCAUGUCCGGCUCUACUCCAGCACUGCAAUCACAAGGUGCAGCUGUUGUAAAGGCUAGCUCAUUGGACGAAUCCAUAAACACGCCUAAAGUGCGCCCGCGCAUCCAAUCCCAGGCCUCCUACCUGAUAGGUCGCAAAUCUGCACCGCCGUCUGUCACUACUUCACCUGCCCCUCCGCAGCCUGGUCCCGAUGCUACAGCUGCUGCUUCUGUAUGUAGCUAUCACCCAAGUGAACCGGUUUGCAGCUAUCAGCCAACUGAGCCGUCGCCUGUCUCUGCUCGCACCUCUGUUUCACCCCAGCCCGCGCGCAUCUCCCCCGCGCCGCACAACAACCUCAGGGACCACUCGGACCACAUUAUGGUUACCAUGGCUACGGGCGUGCCGUCGGACAACGCGCAGAACGCCGCUGGCGGCGUAGGAUAUGUGCUGGAGGUGACUCCGUCCAGUCCUGCCGUGCCUAUUUCGCCGCGAGGUGCUGGUGCUGGAGCUGGUGCUGGUAGUCCCGCAGUCAGCAGGGCGCGACUAACGCGUAAGCAGAGUAGCGUGAAGCUGCAGCCUGCGUCGGCAUUCAUGACUCCAGACAUGAAGGGGGCUAUGGAGAAGAGAGGCGGAAUUGGUGGACAGUCUUGGCAGGCUCGUCAUGUUAUCUGUGACAGCGGUGUCCUUUACUUCUACAAGUCUCCAAAGGAUAAGCGACCAACGCUGCGCUUGCGAUUACGUCAGUAUGACGUCAUUGAGGUGCCUGCUGCGGUCGAGUCCAAGCGGCCGACGAUACACCUGCAGCCCAGGACCGAUGAGAAAACCAAGAAGAAAGGCAAGCAGUAUGUGCUGCGUGCUCGUCAGAACAGCGAACAUGUCGUGUGGUUGAGCGUCCUACGCACCAGCAGUAGUGGACUGAAGGUGGGAGACUCGAGCGAAGACUGGAGUACAGACGAGGACCUAACCGGGAAGGAGUUCCCUGAUCCGCCGGAUUUCCCCGACGGCGAGUAUGUCACCGAGAUGUCGUGUUCGUUGCCAGAGCAAAGCUGUCUGCGCGCUGGCAAUGCACGACUCUCACCCAUAGCCGAUGAACAAGUUAAUGCAGACAGUGGCGCAGCAGAGGCAGCAGGCACACCCCUGACGCCAUCGUCAGAGCAGGCGAUGUGCCGAAUAUCCGUAUCGAACCAGCGCAGAGCCACGUUUCCCGAUCUCGGCGAUCAAAUCGACCUGUUUCUGAAGCCGCAAACCCCCACGGAUACACCUACCCCUUUCAAGAGUAAAAGUCCGCUACCCACAAAGAAGGGACCGUCUGGUAAACCUCCCGUAGUUGCACCGUAUAAGCCAUCAUCUGUCCGCUCACAGAACACAAACAAUGUUGGAGAGGAGGGUGGUGAGUCCAAGGAAGCCAUGGCUACCAGCUCCCCUAUGGUAGUCCGAGACAGUGGUGGGCGUAGCGGCAAUGCACAGAGACGGGAUUCCGGCUUUCCGCCGUCGAUAUCCGGCGGCAGUAGGCCAACAUCUGAGCUUAGCACGAGUAGCGGCGCAUCCAAUUCCACUACAACAGCGAUGACUACUGGUGUAGCCACAUCACCACCGCCACCACCAACACCGACCAAAACAACAACACCAGCAGCAGCGAGCAAUCGUGAUAGCAGGCACCUACAGGCCGAGCUUACUCAUCUCAUACAACGCUCGCGCAGCGGCGCUCUCCUCCCAGCACCAGCACAUACAUCAUCUUCUCCUCUCCCUGCAUCUCCCUCGCCCACCAUCAUGCGACACGUAGCACCAGAUCCUCAGGCGGCUGAGGAUUCGGGCAAUUCCGAAGAACCCCUCUACGACGAUCUGUCUUGCGCGGCAUCGCAGGUAGAGCGGCCUAAAUCACGCAGCCCGCCGCCUCAGCGACCUCCGCCACAACGCCCGGGCUACGAGCAGAGUAGUAUUGAUACAGACCAAGCACCAGGACACAGCCCAGUGCUCUCAUCGUGUAUGCAAUCCACCACAGAUACCUGGCAGGAUGAGGGGAACGAAGGCCACACAGAUGAGACACAGCCGCAGCGACAACACAUUCCUCCAACUGGUGAGAUCUUCACUGUUAUCUAUAACUACCAUGCCCAACAACAUGACGAGAUGUCUGUGCACAGCGGUGAGCUUCUGUGGAUCAAGGACCGCUCCACGCAUCAAGAAUGGUGGCUGGCUGUUCGAAACCUGUCGGAGUCAGACGACAUCGGCAUGGCGGAUUUCAGUGGCGAACAGGGCCUUGUUCCAUCGAAUUAUGUCUCACAAACGUAUGAAGCCUUCUAAAACCUCUCCACCGUAAUUGGCACGUGCUUUGAGCCAGCACUGGGAAGACCAGGAUAUGAUCUGGUCACCUUUGCCCUCGUUUAAGACAUUUCUGCUUCCACGCGCGUCUGCAGUUCCACUGCGGCAAUUGCACAACGCACUGCGCUAUGCUGGCUUGCAAUGCGUUCAAAGGAUCUUUAUUUCUAUUAUUUUUAAAUCGCCGAGUUACGCGCGAAGACGCCGUGUGUUUGAACGCUAUCCGUGUUGCUGUGCUGUGCUGUGCUGUGGUCACCGUACAUGUAUUACCGUCCCACUUCUCGCUUGUCUCUCUAUAACAAUUACUCUUACACGAUAGUUUUAGUCCUUUUCCUGAUGAUCGUGCAAGCGUAAAACUCGCGUUACAGCAAUACAGCUUUGUUCCACCUUAUUUGUAACAAUUACUUAUUUUGAAGUACUCUUAUUCGUUCCUUGUCGCUCGGUAAUCCUCAAUUAGCAUUGCAUCUUUUGCAUUGUACAUUCCAUGGUUUGCUUUAUGCAGUACAUUAAUGUUUCAUCAUUGGCAUUAGCCACACCCCACCACUGCCGCUUCCUCUGGUACAUGUAGGUUAGUAGCGAUAUCAAUAUCAUGUUUACCGAAUAUUCAGGUGUUUUUCAGGGCCAAUCCCAAGUUUGAGGUUUCAAUUCAAUUCUGUGACACAUGCUGAUGGAUUUCAUGCUGUCGUUUGUUAUGAAGUAGAAGGUAUAAUGGGAUGGUCUGCGGACCACGAUUGAGA